CCACUUCUGGCUGAUAUUAAGACCACGUUUCUUCUCCUGGAUGUCUCUGCGCUGUUGACAGGCGUCUCUCCAAGUCUGUAUACUCGUGUUUGUUGUUGCCGAUGCUCAGACAAGACUUUACACCAGUUUCUUCGCCUCGAAGAAGCUUUUCAGAUGCUUCAUCUGCCAGAUGCCGGUGACGAUGAGAAUGAGUGUCUGAGCGAUGGACCACCAGAGAACACGCUGGUUGGUGCUCUCGCUCGUCAUGCGAAACCGCUCCUCACGAUACUGUAGAAGACACGACACACAAUGAAGUCACUAGAGAGGUUUAAUGGCAUAGAUAACAAGUGUACUUAAAUGUAGGAGUGAACCAUCUCAGACAUGACGUCACUGACCCUCUGGUAGUUUUGCUCCUUCUGGAUCUGUUCAACUUGGUCGAGUAGCUGUCGGACUCGCAGCUGCAGCUCGCGUCUUUGGCGGAGACCAGCUGUUGGAGCCUGCACUGCUAGUUAGCUACAUCAAGCUAACGACCCCACGAAAUACUCACCAAUAACCAUGGUCUCGUCUGGAAUUUCUUCAAUGAAGCAUUUUUUCUCCGUCUCUCCUAUGUGGAAAUAGAGUGCGUAACUUGGAUAAAUCCAAGCUAAUAGUAAAAUAACUCCAGCAGCAGGGACAGAGAGCAUCAUGUAGCUUAUUUCACUUUGCGCACAUCAGCAAAGGCGCUGUGCCGCAGCCCGCUGACGUCAUUUCACACUGCGGAAGAAGGAAGGGGAUUUCCUGAGGGAGGUGCGCUGCUGUGCCCCGAGUUCAGAGUCUCAGGGAUGGUGCAGCCCCAGCCUGAUGGCCCAAUGCAGUGGGACAUGUCAGGAGAAGAGAGUGGAGGGGCCCUGAGGGUCCCACCAGAGCUGGCUGCCAAUGAAGUGGUGACCAGGUUGCUGGGUGACAACCAGCAGCUCAGAGAGGCCUUGCGGCGGAGCAACCUGGCCUUGCGUCAACGCUGUGAGGAGAUGGAGGGAUGGCAGCGGAGGACAAGAGAGGAACGAGAAUUUCUCAGCUGUCGUUUCCAGGAGGCCAGGGCCCUGGUGGAGAGGCUGGCCCAGGAGAACCACUCCUUACAGGGCAUGGUGAACGGACCAGCCUCCCACUGCUGCAGCUCCAGCCAGACUGAAGACCUGCAGGGGCGCCCGGCAAAGAACGGACCGCUGGACGGACCACAGACUCUUGAUCAGCGGGAGAGGAAGAGAGUUGAAGAGACGGAUCAACACACACAGACCUUGCCACCUCGCAGCCUGGCUGAUGCAAGUGUGCUUAGCUCCUUGGGUAGCACCUUCCCCUCUCCCCCCACCUCAUUCUCGGAGGUAUGGGGGGAGAUAAUGGGAAGGGAAAAUAGCCAGCCUGUGGAAGGGGCAAACGAGUUCCUCCAGUUGCUGAAGAGCCACAAAGAAAAACUGGAGGAAGGGAUGAGAGAGCUGAGGAGAAAGAACGAAGAGCUGGAGAAGGAGAGGGAUGAGGGAGAGAAAGACAGAGAGCGAAUGCAGCACUGCAUUGACCAGCUGCAGGCCAAGCUGGCCCAGGCCCAGGCACAGACCAGCAAUAUUACUGAGGAGACUGUUCAACAUCGCUCUGAAGCACAGCACUCUUCUGACUGCUCUAGCCUUGCUAAACUCACAGAGCAGCUUCAGGCCACACAGGGCAGGUAUCGUGACUUGGAGGAGAAGCUUGAUUACCUUCAGAAGAGUUCAGCUCAGCGGGACAGAACUGAAGCUCUGCUCAAACAGAAGGACAAGGACUGUGCCCAGCUGGCCAAGGACUGUGAGGCUCUGAAGGCUCAAGCCACAUCCCUAUUAGGAGAGCUGAAUGAGAGACAGAGCUGCCUGGACAAGAGCGAGCAUGAACGCAAAAUGUUGGAAGAAAAGCUGAACAGUAAGAUGAAGGCCCUGCAGGUGGCAGAGCGGGAGCUGGAGCAGCAGAGGAAGCAGCAUCACGUGGCCAUGGACAAGCUGCUGCUGCAGACCCAGAGCCUAGAGCAGGCCCUGAAGACGGAGAGACAUGUCGUCACAGAGGAGAAGAAAAAACUGACACAACUGCAGCAUGCCUACACAUGUCUGUUUAGAGACUAUGAUUCUAAACUAAAGAGUGAGGGAGGUGAUCUGUGCAGCCGACUAGAGGAGGCAGAGAGAGCGCUGGCCCUGAAGCAGGACCUGAUUGAUAAACUGAAAGAGGAGGUGGAGCAACAGAGAGGCUCGCUGGAGACUGUUCCUGUCCUCACUGCACAGGCUGAGAUCUACAAGGGAGAUUUCCUAGCAGAGCGAGAAGCCAGAGAGAAACUGAACCAGAAGAAGGAGGAGCUGCAGGAUCAGCUGAAUCAGGCCACUGCUGAGAUUGAGAGGCUCAAACAAGAAGCCACAUCACGUGCUCGAAUGGAGCAAAUGAAGCUGAGACACCUGGAAGACUUUCCCACAAGGGCGCCGAACAUUCCCCCUCCACAAGGUGUGGGUGUGUUCCCCGGUGGAGCUUUCAACACGGUGCCCCCUGCCCCCUCGUUCCGCAAUCAGGGUUUGGUACCAGUCGGAGAUCAAGGGGCAGCUGGAGCCGAGGACCUGCCAGAUUUAUGUUGUCCGAAGUGCAAGUACCAGGCUCCAGAUAUGGACACGCUGCAGAUACAUGUCAUGGACUGUAUACAGUAACAUGAGCAUAUUUCAGCACACCAUGACACCAACACACUCAUACAGAUAUAUAUGUACAAUAUAUUUACAUUUUUUGACAUUCAGCGUGUCUGGUUACAGCUCUGAGCACAGCCUGAAAAACAUGUUUGUUAGUUACUCUCUCUACCAUACAAACACACACAAACCUGAAUGCAUACUGUGGAUCUUAUCAUUUUUUUAAAAUAUGUUGGAAUCAAGUCAAGUGGCAAUCAGAUGACCGUAUGAACAAGUGAAAGAAAAGGACAACGGCAAGAUAAUCAGCAUGGUAUUUCCCUAGUACUGCUUCAUGAAUUCAAAUUCCGCUGUAGCUGUCCUAUUACGCAAACCCACGUUUUGUUUUUUUCUCCCAGCACCUGCUCUUUUAUUUCCCUUCUACCCCCUCCCCCUGCCAUGCCUCUGUCCAUCAGUAUUUGUACAUGAUCCCUGAUCUUGUGCCUCAGUCCCAUUUCUCGGCAGCCCUUACUUUACUCUGGUGGUGUGGUGAGGAGAUUACAUACUGUUGAGCAAGUGUGUCUACAUAGACUGCAUCAUCCAUGUUGUACACAUCAGUAAUCAUUGGGCCUAAGGUGGAAAAAAAAAAAGUGUAAAGGGGUACUUUUCCCUUCAAAGGAAGAAACAAAUGUGAAUAACCUAGCGAGCUUUAAAUAAAUUAGAAUAUUAAAAUAUGUUUUGGUCAUAAAUGUGUCUGCAUUACCUCAACAUGUAUUAUAUAUUAGAGAUGGAUUUACUCUUAUUGGAGAAAAAAAAAAAAGUAGCCAUUCUCUGUGUUCUGUGCCUGUGUACACCUUUGAUUGCAUCUCUGCUUUAUCUCUGAUGCUAGACCCGACUCUUAACCCAUGCAGCCCUGUAUGUGCCCCUUAUUCUGUCCCAUCUUUACCCGGGGCACCUAGUUAUUUAUCUAUCUGAAGGUUAAGCACAUUGGGAGUCCUUCAGUUUGUGUGAAUCGUCUGUAAUUCUACAUAAUUUGGUGCAAAGAGUAUUGUUUCAAACUGUUGAUUUUACCAAAUAAAUCAAUAAUCCAUUA